CCACGUCAUGUGGAUAACCAGUGCUCAUAGAUCCACAACGUCCACCACCUGAAAUGGUUGCUAUUGCUGCAACUAAUAAUUCAGUUGGUUCAUUGUUCAUCUUCAUUUAUUAAUAUUUCUGUUUAGAACUGUGUACAGAACUAUGCCAUGGAAACCACUAAAAUUUAUUUACUUUAUGUGCAAUUAUGAAAUAUUUUACAAUAUUUCCCCCCUCUUGUUUUUUCUUUCUCUGCUAUCUCCAUGCUGCCGGCACUACCUCCCUUCUUUCUCUGGACUUUUCCAUGUGUCCACUACAGGCAUGGUGUGUGAGAAGGGGAUCCAGAUCCUUCUCACAAUUGUGGGGGCAUUUGCCUCCUUUGGCCUGAUGACGGUGGCAAUUGGGACAGAUUACUGGCUCUACUCUCGUGCUCUGAUCUGCAACAGUACAGCCAAUGUGACGCAGGAUGACCCACACAACAAGGACAAGAAAGACCCUGGAGCCCUCACACACUCAGGCCUUUGGAGGAUCUGCUGCCUUGAGGGUGUGAAACGAGGGGUGUGCUCUCAGAUCAACCACUUCCCAGAAGACGCAGACUUCGACCACGAUGGAGCAGAGUACGUCUUGCGAGUGGUUCGGGCUUCAAAUAUCUUCCCUAUUCUUAGUGCAAUCUUGUUGCUGAUGGGGGGAGUGUGUAUUGCCGCUAGUCGCUUCUACAAGAGCAAGAGGAACAUCAUACUGGGAGCUGGCAUUCUUUUUGUAGCUGCAGGUUUGAGCAACAUCAUUGGUGUGAUUGUGUACAUCUCGGCAGCGCUAGGUGACAUCUCUCCAAAGAAGGAUGAGGAUAAAAAAUGGCAAUACUCAUAUGGCUGGUCCUUCUAUUUUGGUGGCCUUUCGUUCAUUCUGGCUGAGAUGGUGGGGGUGCUGGCUGUUAACAUCUACAUUGAGAAGAACAAAGAGCUGCGCUGCCGUUCACGCACCGACAUCUUCAAGAGCACAACACAUGCUGUGCUGCGCCUGCCUAGUUACCGCUUCCGCCGCCGCUCCUCACGGUCCAGUUCACGCUCUACCGAACCAUCAAGAGGCUCACGGGACCCCUCACCUGCUGCUGCUGGCCCACCAGGGAGCAAAAGCUUUGGCCUGCCCCCCUCAGCACUACUUUCACAGGGGCCUGUCUCCGUUUCCACCCUGCCCAAUCCACACUCACACUCCCGCUCACACUCAGCCCUACCCGGAGGUGACAUCUCACUCUACACCCUGUCACGAGACCCCAAACUGAGUGCACUGGGGGCUCUGGGUGCACCACCUGUGUAUGGCACAGUGGAUCGUGCCACACUCUACCAGUUGCACAACUGCUUUCCCAAGGAUAGUGGAGGAGGAGGAGCAACCAUGAUGAUGAGCGGCACACUGCCAUCUCUCAAGUCCCAUAAUCCAGCUGGAGUGCAGAAUUCAUCCAGUGGAAACUCGGCACCUUCAUCACAACCCCCGCCAUUCUCAUCCUCUACAGUGGAGAGGGAGAGAGGGAUGGGCACGCUUGACAGGCUGGCCAAGCCAGAAAGCAAUUCCAACACGCUGAACAGAAAAACCACACCGGUGUAGUGAGAGACCAGAACAGAAGAGAGUGUAAAUCCUGUAUAGUGGAAGCUGAAUGAAGGUUGUGUUCAAGUUAAGAAAAGGAAAAAAAAACUGAGAAAAUAUAUGUUCCUUCUGUCUCCCUGUCUGAAAUGCUAUUCUGUUUCACUUUAUGGAAAAUGAGUUUCAGACAAAAAUUGAACCAGUGACAAUUCAUAAUAACAACUACAACAUUCAUUUAGUUUUAUAACAUUUUUUUUUAAACGUGAACUAUGAUCAUUGGAAACUGUACUGUGAAGUUUACCCUUUUUUUAUUUGAUAGAAAUUGAAGCGAGUGGUUGCCUAAGUGCACUCCUAGAAGGUUUGUUGUUGUUGUUAUUAUGAGAAAAACAAUCUGUAGCGACUAGCUUUUUAUGUUGGAAAUGAUUUUCAAGACAUCAACUGUGAUUCCGAUACAGUGGAUACUGCAGAAGCAUGAGUGUCUAUAAUAUGUAUGAGAAAGAAAACAUAUUAUUAUUAUUAUUAUUAUUAUUAUUAUUAUUAUUAUUAUUAUUGUUAUUAUUAUUAUUAUUUAUUAAUAAUAUU